UACAUUUUUGAAAUUCAUAUCCACAAGCAAUUCUGGUAUCAUGUUGAGAAUUUUGACUGGUACUUCGGAGAGUUCCGAGACUUCUUGCGAUGAAGCGUGCUUUCAACAGCUCGAGACAGACACCAAACUCGGAUUUGCCCUCGAUACAGACUGUGAAAUUAAUGAGCGAACUCUGAAAAACAUCCCACGAACAUUUUUUCUAAGCGAGAGGUACUCUUGGGUUCUUUGGAGUCGGCGGAAAGACCUCGGGGAAGAGGGACGGAAUCUGGACUUAGCCUUGUCCUUGAUGAGUGACGUCACAUUCGCAGUGCUGAAUUCGAGUUCGGCCCAGCUGUAUGAUGUCUAUAAAGUCAACGGGCGUGAGGUGGGCGAUUUGAACAUAACCGACGCAGGCUAUUGGACCAAAGAGGAGAGAAUUCAAUGGAAGCUCACCCAAACUAGAUUGCAGAGAAGGAGGAGUAUGCACGGACUGAAAAUCUCCACCGUCAUGCUGUUAACCCGGUUCCCAACGUAUGAGGAUGAUCAGUUUUUGAACAAUUACUAUAAAAGAGAAUUGGACGCUGUCCCUCGACGAGAUUACCAAUUCUGGCUUUUGAUGGAAGAGCUGUACAAUUUCACGUCAAGUGUAGUAACGACUGAACUUUUUGGUUCUGUGGUAAAUGGAACAUUUGACGGUUUGAUCGGCAAAGUUCAGAGUGGAGAGGUGGACGUUGGUAUGUCAACCGUAUUUCAAACAAUCGAACGGAUGGAAGCAGUCAGUUUUGUGCACGUCCAUAUUGGCUACAGCAAUUUUAGGCCCGUUUUUAUAUUUUUGCGACCGAAGGACAAGCAUGAUAUUUGGGAUUUGACCGAGUCCUUCACAGGUCAAUUAUGGUUUGCCACUGGUGUUCUGCUUUUAUGCUUCAUCGCUGUUUUCCAUUGGUCAUCCUGUUUACACGACGACACGCAGAAUGAACGCAGCUCAUUGCUUUUUAUUGUUGCUGUCAUGUCUCAAAGAGGGCCUCCUUUCAAUGUUUUGUGUCUCUCUGGGCGUGUGUUGACUUUGAGCGCACUAAUUUUCGGCUACCUUCUGUUCACUUAUUUCAGCUCCGCUAUCAUAGUCAAACUUCUGUCUCCACCCAAGAAAAUCGACUAUGAUUUGGAGUUCUUAGUUGAAAGUGACCUGAGUGUUGGUGUAGAGAAUGUCAGUUACUACUACUUCUACUUCACGAGGUACCCUUUCAUGAUCUUACGGGAAAUAUAUAAAGAAAAGAUGAAAUCAAAGGCGGCUUUCAUACCAAUGGAGGAAGGACUUGCCAAAGUUCGGAGUGACCAGUAUGCAUUCGGUGGUGACAUGCGGAUUUUGUUUGCAGCGGCUGAGAAAAUGUUCACCGACAACGAGAAGUGUUCUUUGGAAGCCAUUGACAUGAUCGCCGUCAAUAUACCUCGCAGUAUCGCCAUUCCAAAAAACUCUCCGUACGAUGAGAUGUUAUCUGCAGGGUAUUUACUUUUCAUGGAGCGAGGGAUCACUCAUCGGCUGGAUCGUAUUUGGAGUUUUGGAAAACCGGCCUGUUUGGAGAGGGACUUCGUCCCGGUCGAGCUUCACGACAUUUUAUUCGCCUUCGUCGCUCUUGCGUUUGGAUUCGUGGUCGCCCUCUCUUCUUUACUCGUGGAGUUUUCGUGGAAGAAGAAAAUUCCGCUCGAUGUUCCUUCCUGGAGAAAAGCAAGACGCAAUGGUCACAGCCACCCUGAUCCGGAAAGAGGAAAUUACCUUCUUCCCACGCGCCGUAGAGAUAGAGCUUUCUAAGCUGUGUUGGUUCGGUACCAUGCAAUAUUGCCAUAUGUUUAUUGCAAUAUUGCAUGUCGCCAUAUUGGACAGUGACGUGGCGUAAUCUGCGAUACAUCGAUUGAAAUGCCGUUUAAACCUAUGGAAAAGGAUCGAU